UUGUGUGGAGUGUAGCGGCGAGGAGCAACGGAAGGCCGGUACCACCGGCUGUGAGGAGCUGCAGAGUGGAGGAGAAGCCUGUAUGGGUUACCGAAAUGACUGAAAGUGUUCAAGUUUUAUUAGAGGAGAAAAUGAGGGAGAUGGAAGCAGCUGUCAAUGCAGAGAGGGAACUGCGGCAGCAACAGGAGGCUAGACUCAAAGCGGAGCUGACCUCUCUUGAGCGAGAUCUCCAGGAGAGUAAAGAGAAGGAGAGCCUUGUGGCCUCUCUGGAGAAGUGCCUCCAAGAGGGCAAAGAGAGAGAAAGGAGCCUGGUGGAGGAGGGUGCCAAGAGGGAGGCGCAGUUCAAAGAGCUGCUCAGGAGCCUGGAAGCCGAGAAGGACAACCUGGAGGAGCGUCUGACGAACCAGCUGUCCCAGCUCAACGGCAGCAUCGCAGACUACCAGCAGGAGGCGGCGGACAACCGGGAGCACUUGGCCGAGCUGCAGCGGGAGGUGGAGCGGUUGGCGAGGGAGCGGGCCGAGUUGGAGGCUGAGGCGCAGAGCGAGAGCGACCGGGCCGCCAGGCUGGAGGAGGACAUGAGGCAAGCACAGAGAGAGAGCAGAAGCAGAGUCUGGUAAGCAGGAGGAGCU